GUCCACUAAUGAAAGAUGAAGUCAGCUGAACAAUGAUACAAUGCAUUUUAUUUAUUUAUUGUGUUAAGAAGUGCAUUCUUUUCCAAGUACGAAAUUUUAGUUUUCAAUUCUGGGUAUGAAAAGAUAAGAUAUGUGUUCACUCUGACCGAGUUAGUUUUAUCGAAGAUGGAAAAACGUUAGACCCUUUUUGUGUCGCAAAAAAGGCUUAGAAAUGUUUGGGAGACCAAGGUGCAGGGAAUGGACGCCUCUAACGACUCAACAGCUUCGAUUAAGAAGUUUAAUUCAGAUCGUUGGCUACAAUAUACGGCCGCCAGAAUGGUGCACACAUCAAUGUAGUUAUUAUUUGACUUUACACCACACGACAAUGUCAGCUCCGUUCUACACGAGUGAACGGAUUUCCUCCCCACACCCCAAGUGGAAGGAGAUUGACUCAGAAAUAACGCAACGAAUGUCCUCAACUAAUGUUGUGAUUAGAAUUUGGUGUCAUAUAAUACCUCAAUCAUCUAAAGAAGACGAAGAAAAAUGCGAACAAAUACAAGAUACAGUUAUCCAAACGUGGGGGGUUUAUUUCAGUGGUCUUAGAUAUAUUGGGGCCAAUUUAGCUUUAAAUUUCAACUCUGACUGCUUUAAAAGCAACACGCUCGUAUUCCAAAUGCAUGGGGGGUAUUUUUGUUCCUACAAAAGUCUCAAAUUAGAUAUAAUACCUCCGGAAAAUGAGAUUGAGCACGGAUCUCUCUCGUCCGAUUCAUCCGGUCAUACUAACGUAUCUAGAAUUUUCGACAAGAAACUCGUACAGAGUCAUAAGUUAAUAAAAGAUUCGCGGUCAUUAUCACCCGGGAAAUAUUCUAAGAAAAUAGAUAAGGAAUACUCUAAAAGUCAUAGUCCAAUAGAUAAAGGCUUCAAACAGAAUUUUCCGACAUUGCGAACGUCUUCCAGUCUGAACAUUGCAGCCACUGAACGAAGAAGAGAUGAGAGUAAUGAACGGAAAAAACCAGAGACCAAUCAUAUAUAUGAGCAUUCACCGGAUAAUUUAGAUGUUAAAGAAUUUAGGACCAGUGAACAUAACUGUGAUAUAAAUGCAUCUCAAGAGGAUUUAUCUAGUAAGAUAGAUUUGAGCGAAACAGCCGAAAGUUAUGAUUUAAGAAACGAGACGGAUGGCGUUCCUAAGUAUCGAUAUCUCGCCUUGAAUUUCCUCAAAUCGGAAAUAAGGCCGAGCUACACGGCGACGAAACUGCAAAACCUACAUUUGUUGCAGUACGCUAUAAAGAAACGCCAGGAGGCUGUGCAGGAGAUAAAAGAAAGGAUAUACCAGAAGUCUGCGCUUUCUGACACAAUUACGCAACCGGAGUUCGAAGAAAAACUAAAAUCUAGGAGUAGAUCUCAAAGAAAUCUCUUCUCUUGUCUUGAUGAAGAAGCACUGCAGAAGUCUUCGUCACAGACUGACUUAAGUGUCAAAAAUGGAAGGGUAAAGGAAGGAAGGUCGCCCGUUUCAAAUGGGCCGCGGUUGACUUUGAAAUUAAACGAUUUGCUUUCGUAUAAGUCAAAGCCUUCUCCAUAUCAAAGAUCAGAACAUGUAAGGUUAACAAAGCAGUUGGAAAUACUACAUUUCAAGCGACUGAUACUAUCAGAUGAGAGAGAUAGCAAAUUGGCCAAUAUAAGAAGACUGAAAGAGAUACACGCUAAGUUGUUUGAAGAGAAUCAAGACGUAGGCUCAGAACUAAUGACGAACUACCACACACUGUCGCGCAGAACGGAAGCGCUGAAGGAAAAGCGAGACUCGUGCGCCGCGCUGCGCGAGCUGGCGGCGCGGUCGCACGCGACGCUGUGCAACUGUCGCAGCGACUUGUUGCUCCACUUGCAGAAGAUAUUUUAUAUCCAGCAGCCAAGCGAGCUCGCGGAAAGAUAUAAGUUUCAUCAACGGAAGCAAAAAGAUAAUGAAACAAUUUCGGAGUACGUAGCGGUGCUAAAAAAAAUGUCGAAGACAUGUGAAUAUGGUACGCGGUCGGACACAUCCAAGUUGUUCGGCUUCGCCACGUGGGCGGGCGGGGCGGGCGGGGCGGGCGGGGCGGGCGAGGGUGCGCGCGCGCAGUCGCUGCGCAGCCUCGUCGCGUGCGAGCGGGGGGGGUACGGCCGACAGUUCAAUAGGUUCAAGGAUUGCGUGGACGGCCAGUCGCCUCACAGAAUGUUAAAUGAGAAGAGACAUAAACAUUCUAGAAGCGUUGGCAGUUAUCACGACGAUCGAGAGCUGACGAAUCUGAACACCUCCACCACAUCAAUAAUGGGAAGCGAAUCUAAUAUAUACAACAUGAGAUUAGCAGAAACUAGCAACUUCAAAAACCAUUCAGACUCGGAAAUAUCAAAAAGGAAUGAUGAGAAAGUCCUCUUCACGCUCGGCGAUGAUGAGAAACUAUUAAAAAUAUCAAGCAAUAAUGAUGACGAAAUAGAUGUGAAACGAAUUUGCAACGAAAUAAACAACUUCUGUACUAUAAAGGAUGGACAGUACGAUAAUAUAGAUAAUUUCGACGUGGUGAAGCACAUGAAUGCUGACGCUAAAGUGAAGUGCGAAAGUGCGUGCGCAAAGUGCGAAAGUGCUAGUGCGAAGUGCGAUAGUGAUACGCCGUGCGCCAGUGACGUGACCGAUGUGAUUGUCAUUCCCAGCGCGGAGGCCAUAUUGGAUAGUGAUGUGAAAUGAAAUUUAAGUGAACUCAUUCUUUAACGGUUUUAAAAGGUUUUUAAAAUGUAAUUAAGAAUCGUUCUUGAAAUUAUUACAAGGAGAAAUUAUAAAAAAAUGAAACUGAAAUUGAUUCUAAAUGCACUACAAUUAAACUAUGUUUUAGUUAAAAAUGCAUGGUGAUAUGUUUUUUUUUUUUCAAAUAUGCUUUAAGUGAUGAUAAAGUAAAUAAUAAAUAUAAAACCAUUUCUGUAGUCGAAAUAAUUACAAAGCAAGACAAUAAAGUUUAAACUAUGCUAGAUUCGUUAUAGCUUAUCUUCUCUUCCGUAUUUGUGAAACAAUCUUUAUUUUUCUCAAGAACUACACCAAUAAGAUAGGACAAAUUACGAUUCCGAUUUAUUAACUUAUCGACAGUAUAAAACAUAAUUUGGUAAGAGAUAAAUAAAAAUUGUUUACUAAACCGAUCUACCGUAAAA